ACUCCAAUCCAGACAAACCCUUAAAUCUUAACGCCACGGAUAGAGGCCCAGUGAAACCCUGGCAGGUGUUUCCAGUAACGGCGCUGACGGUCUCCCCCCAAAACCCCCGAGCUGUGAACAAGCUCCCAGCCCAACUCUCCCGAGCUCGCGCCGAGGUGGGAGGACUGUGACGUCACAAAUGGGGCUUCUCGCCCCGUGACCAGGACCCCUGAUUGUGAUUGGAUAAUUCGGAUGAAGGCGGUGAUGGGGAAGAAGGGCGGGAACAAAUCCCAGAGACAAAGAAAGCUGGCCUUCGGGUGGGAAAGAAAGGGAGGGGCGACCGGAGGGGACCCCAACCCGAGGUCCCUAUAUAAAGCUUGAUUCCGGGGCCGCGGCUCUAGGGAGCGGAGCGGAAGGGUAGCCAGGCCUCCGCCCGAGCGCCCCCAGCCCGCCGCGGUGGGGGCGAGGCUUCGGGGCGGGGCUAUGUGCCACCAGGAGGCGGGGCGGGGCAGCUGAGAGUGGCCCCCUGGUGGGGCCAUGGAAAAGCAGGAGGCUCCGGGGGUUGCUGGCGGCCUCAGUGGCGAAUCCCCGGGAGGGGCAACCAAGGGUGUGCCAGGAGGAAUCGGAGGAGUCGAGGCAGACGCCGGGCCGCCCUCCGGUGUUGUCCUGUUUCACGGUUCUGGGACCUCCCUGCACUCCGGGGGAGCCGUAACUUGCUGUCCUGGUUCGAGCCGGCCCUCCGGGGGGGCAGCAGUCCUCGGUUCCGGGCCCAACCAGCACCCUGGGAGGGUUGCGGACCGCAGCGCUGGGUCCCGCACAUACCCUGACGGAUUAAAUGCCUCCUUCCCUGGAACCAGUGUAUGCGGGACCUGCCGGUCCCGGUCCGGGUGUUCUGGGGUGUUCAACUCGGAACGCAGUCCACCGCGCUCCGGGUCAACUCUCUUGCACUCCCACAAACCUUGUGAGGACCGGCCCCGCAGCAUCCUAAAAACCAGCACCUCCAUCUUUAUGCAGAAAUCCCCCAGUGCGGAGAAGAAGAAGUCCCAGCGGUGGGAUGAAAUGAACAUCCUGGCUACCUACCACCCCGCUGGCAAGGAUUAUGGAUCUAUGAAGGUGGAUGAGCCCAGCACUCCCUACCACAGGCGGCAGGACAGUGAUGAGGACCUGCUUGGGGCAUCCUCUGGCUGGACAACUCCCCAGGCACUGGCGGAAAGGUUUGCAACAAUGGACAAUUUCUACCCCAAGGUCCUGCAGUACAGUGAUAACAGAAGCUCAGGGUCUUCAGCCAGCUUUUCCAAGACACACUCCAGUGAUUUUGACAAGCACCGAAAGUCACACUAUGAUGAAGGCAAGUUCCUCAAGGCUCAGAGAAAUCUUCCCUUCAGUAAUAACAAGCACAGCAACGAGGCCAGUGCCAGUAUGGGCGGUGGCAGUCGGGGCGUGAUGCUGGACCCAGAGCCCAGGCCUGUGGAGAAAGGCUGGACGGGAGGACUGGCCAGAGGAGUCAAAGAUGAGAUUGGCCUGGUGACCAGGAACCACAUCCCAAAAAUCAAGGCCUCCGCAAAUUUUAACUGGGUGAUUGAGAAUCCCAUAAGCACUGAAGUCCGUCUGCUGGACCACACAGGAAGCCCCGUUCAGGAUCCCCGGACCCCCGAAGAGUCCCUGGCAGGGACAACAUCGCAGCCUGGUGCUGCCCUGUUCUCCAAAGACAGAGCACAGUCGGGCUGGUGUCAGUGGCUGGUAUCCAAGGGGCUCAACUGGCGAAGCCCAGAAAGCUCGGAGAAGAAACCUGGAAGCAGCCCACACUCCCCACACCAAAACCAAUGUAGACGUGAGCCCAGGCAGGGGCGAGUGGCUUCCUGCGCUGGCCAGGGAGGGAGAGGUCCUGAGUGGACGAAACCCUGCGGCUUCGAUGGACACAAGAGGAGGGAAGCAGACAAUGGAAAAUGUAGCCAGCCAGGGAUGGGGUGGGGACCAGCCUCUCCCAGCCCUCACCACCCUCGAGGUGGACAAUAAAGAGAAGUGCAGGAGUCUGGGUGCUCUGAAUCGUUCGCGGAGGAUGGGCCUGCUCAGUCACUGAGGACGGGGAGGAGGAAGGGACCUCUGCACACAGGAAACCACAGUGGGCAGAGCAGAGAAAAAAGGUUGGAGCAGCCUGGGGGACUGGACUCAGCAAGGGCCUCUGAGGCCCAGAAGGCCCGGCUGCAGCAGGGUGAUAGCGAUUGGCAUGGCUCGACCAACCCUAAAUGUACCAGUAGCAUCUUUCAUUCUUCCCACCCUGGGGGUGGGGGGCGGUCAUCAUGCCCGCCUUCCAGAUGAAGUACCUGAGGAAUCUGGGAGCUUGCCCAGGGUCCCAUAAUCUCCGAGAGACAGAAUCAGGACUUGAGCCUAUAUCUGCCACCCCCCUGCGCCUGAAGGAGAAAGAAGCAGAGGGGCUAGGGCUCCCAGGAGGAAGGGGACAGCUGAG